GGAGAAAGUCCGAUUGCUGAACAGCAGACUUUCCGUGGGCCCGCAGCCUCCCAAGUCGCACAGACCCUCCCCGAAUUUGCUUCUGGUAAAAUCCAGAGGGUCGCUGGCACCCUGAAUCACCAUGGGCAAUGAGAACAGCACCUCGGAAAACCAGCAAGAGAACUCCGGCUUGCAUAACGUCAUCCUGUGGCCUCCAAACCCCGAGCCUGAGCAGAGAACUUCGUCGGCUCAGAGUCCAGGGUCUGUGCAACCACCCGGGAACGGUCAGAACAUAAAAAGGAACCUGGAGGAGAAGUCCGGAAGCAGUGACCAUGGGGACUCGCACAGUGCUGGGCUCCGAAGCUCCUGUCCCACUUCUGAAGGUGCUGCCAGCCUGGAUCCGUGCUUCCUGUCCCCAGAAGUGACAGGGCCGAGCAAAUGCCCACAGGAAGCCAGAGGCCCAGAAGGUUCUCCACUGCUCUGGCCACCAGUGCCCUGGGAGUUUGAGUGCCCCCCAGCCUCCACGCCCAUUGCCGAGGGCCCCCCGGAAGGUUGCCUGCCAAGCCCCGGAGCAGCACCUGAAGACUGGCCCCUAAUUCAACACCCCAGGAAGGAACCUUCCCCAGAUGCCCAUGGGGAUGUCCCAACAGCGUUUGUCCCUAAAGGGGACAGUUCUACUCAGUGCAGUGUGGGUGCCAUCGUCCCCAGUGCCCAGGGCAGAGGGGGACAUCUGAAGGAAGAGGGACGUAAAGUAUCUUCCUCCGGGAGCACUGACCAGUUGCCAGCAAUUUUAGCAGCACCUCCUCAAGAGCUGAUGAAGGGACAGCUUUGUGGAGAAGACGGCCAGCCUGGCGGCUCCGAGUCCCAAGGGAAAGAGGUGGCAGGUGGCCUUCCCCUCGCAGAGUCCAGGCAGGGGGCGGCUUCUGGACCAGCGGCCCCGAAGGCCCCAGCUGCAGCUCAACCAGACGGGGAGAGCUCAGCUGGCCUGGAAGAGCCCCCCACAAAGCCCGAGACCCCGACUCCACAAGAUCCAGCGCCCAGAGCCUUAGACAGAGAAACCUGCCAAGUGGAGGCACUGCCUCAGGCUUUAGCUGAUGACUCGGGACUCCUCGGGGUCUGCCGUCCCACUGGGAACAACUCAGGGGCUGCCCGAGAGGCCGGCACCAAUUCCUGGGAAAGCUGCCAGCAGCAAGUGGGAGCACAUCUGGAGCACGCGGAGCUGCCCUGGGAUUCACCGAGUCCCGUGCUGGCACCCGGGCCCGGGGACUCUCGGAAGGAGACCGUGGAUGCCAGCUGUGCUCCGGGACACUCGGAGACAGCGGGAAUGGGAGGCGAUCCCAGUAUAGCUGUCUGUGCUGCUGCAGGCAACCGACCCGCAGGGGCUUCGCUUGUGAGUGCCGAGCCUUCCCCACAGGCCCCGAUGGAGGAUGCACAUCCACCUUCAGUCUCCGCUUUGCAGCCCGCUGCCGGGGCCUCGGCUGCUGCAGAAGAGCCCGGCUGGUCGACCAGAGAGAUGGUUUCCGGGGCUGCGAUGCCAGUUCUUACAGAUCUGGCCGAAGGGCUGGCAGACGCAGGGUUGACGGGACUGGAGAAGCACACAUCAGAUCUCAGAAAUGAGGGAGAAGGUCUAGAAGGGAGCCCUGGAGAGGGUCCUGACCCUGUGACCCAGGAGGACAGGGGAGAGCUCUCAGCGAGGGACCAUGAAGUCCAACAAGGGGUACCACCCCCCGCCCCACCCAGUGCAUCAGAUGAAAGUGCCAGAAAGUCACUGGGGCCAAAGGAUGAAGCCAUGACCCCGGAAAGCCCAGCAGUGGCUGAGGAGGAGAGCAGACCACCUGGGGCCAACUCUAGGGGACAGGAAGAAGUCACACAGCCACUGGACAGUAGAGAUCUUGAGAACCCAUGGGGAGAGCAACCCGGGGCCUUCCGCCGCAAGCCCGACCCAGAGGUAGAAAAAGACGAGGUUUCGAAGCUAAGCCAUGACGUAGAGAGCAGAGCGCAUUCCAGCGCAGACUCAGCACAGCCCCUCAAGAAGGAGGGUCCUGGGCACCCCGACAGGCCUGGCUCUCCAUCAAAAGAUGCAGCUGGGAGCUCGGUGGCCUGUGGGAUGAUGGGAGAAGCCCGCGCGGUCCAUGCCUCUGGCUCCCUGCGCAAGCUCCCUGGGAAGGAUCUCCUCCUGCCCCCUGGGCCGGAUGGAACUGGUGAACACAUUCUUCCCAAAGAAGCCGUCUGGGAGGGGCCAGGGUUGCAGACCCAGUGUCCCGACACCCUUCAGGACGUGGGGGGGUUGGAAAGAAUGGACUAUCUUCCUGCUUUAGAAUCUGAGAAAUCAGAUUUCCUGUCAGCUCCUGCUGCAGAGGUCAACCCCAAAGCCCAGGAGGCGGAGAGCACUUCGGAGACAAAGAUGAGGAGCCCCCCAUCUGCGCCGAGGCCCGGCAGCUGUGACGGGGAGGCUUUGCUGACAUCCUGGGGCCAGCCUUGUGGGCUGGGGCGUGAGGCAGCUGGUCAGGAAGUCCAUGCUGAUGGGCCACCCCCCGAGGGGGAGAAUUUGGCAGUGGACUCUGGGCUUGCGAUGCUUAGCCUGGAGCAAGGUCGGCAGGGAGAGCCGCCCUGCCUGGGGGACCCCCGGAUACAAGGAGCUGCUUCUGAGGGGCCCUCGGUGUCUUCUGAGACCCCUCUCCAGCCCUUGCAAUCAGACCCAGAAGCAUCCAUCUUUGACCUGCUCAGGGAGAAGCCCCAGCACGGUGAACGUGAGAAGGAGACUUACCCAGGGGGUCUAGGUUUUAGGAACGUGGGCUCAGAUGCUCCUCAAAUACCUGCGGGGCCUCCGGAGGAUGCGUGCUUGCCUCCGUAUGGAACAGAGGAGCAGGCUUCCAGAUCAGAGCUUCAACGUGCGCUCCCCAAAGAUGGUCUGUGUGAUGCUCCAAGUUCAGCUCCCAGGGACAUGGUUCCAGAAAGUCCUGCCACCGAGCAGCCAGAGUCAUCAGCACCAACGGGACUGGGGUUGCCCGUGGUAGGGCAGGGUGAGCAAGAGGAAGCAUGCGGUAGCAGUCUGCCCGCCGGGGACUCACCUCCGGCGGGUCUCUUGAGCGGAAGGGAGAAUUGCUGUGCCGAGCAGGGGCUGAACAAGUCCCAGCAGGAGCCGGCAGGUGUGUUGAAAGCCAGCAGUCAGCAUGAAGAAGCAUGUCUCAGUGAUGCAGGAGCUUCAGAAGCCGCGGAAGCUCAGCCCCCGCUCCGGGGGUUGGGUGAGACGGAGCAGGCAAGUGGGAACACAGUGGGGACCCCACCUUGUUGGCCUGACUCAGUAGCUCUCCUGGAUGCAGCUCGCGGGCCGCCGGCCGCCCUUGGAGUCACACCCACCCGGGAUGCCCCGGACAGAGAGGCGAAUGGUGAAACCCAGGCGGACAGGCAGCAACCAGCGCCGGCCCCACCAAAGGGAAUGGAGCUCCCCGUAACCUUGGAUGCAGAGGCCCAACGGUUUCUUGGAAGGUUCCCCGCGGCUCAGGAUCAAGGUGCUGAUGGUGGGGCUGCUGAGGCCGGAGGGCACGCUGAGGAGGGAGACCUGGGGGUCCAGCGGGCUCUGGAGGGGCCAGCGGAAGCUGCUGUGUGGGGCGGCUGCCUUCAGACUGAGCAGUGCACCUCCCCUGGGAAGCAAGCCUCUACCUUUGCCCUCGCUGAGCCCUGCCGAGCAGAACAGCUUUCGGCCAGCUCCCGGGAUGCCUUGCUCGCAGCCAGAGACCUGGGUGCCAUUCCCGGGAGCAAGGUGGAUAUUUCUGCAGCCCAGGCUGUCGGCAGCCCAAAGAAACCUCUGCCACCGGGGCCACCAGAAGAGGCUGCGCCCGGCACUCCCUACCUGGAUAUUGAUGGUGCUGCUGGGAAGGGGGCAGAACCUUGUGCCAUAGAAGAGUCUCCACUUGCCUUGGAGGAUGCUACCCCCAGGAAGAUUUCUGCCGGCUUGCUGGCCUCGCUCUCACAACCAGGAGCAGGUGGCGAAAUCUCUGCGGUGCAAGUCGGCAGCGGAAGCCCCAAAGCCAGAAACUUUGAGGGACCUGCGGGCUCCGUCCCCUACCUGGACAGGAUGCCGCUUCUGACUGAGAGUAAGCAGGUGACAGGGGAGGAGGGGGCAAGAGCGCCCGGCGCAGGCACCAAGCCCGGGGAGAUGCCAGCAUGCCCUGCCAGUGAGGGAAGCGUGGCAGGUGAUGCAAGGGAGACGGAAGGCAGCGGGGAGAAGAUGGUAGAACCUUCCAAGGAUCCAAGGAGAGGUGUGUCAGGUGGCGUGGACGCAAGCCCCAAGCAGACCGGCAUGAUCGCUGGGCUCCCUGACUUCAGGGAGCACAUCACCAAGAUCUUUGAGAAGUCUGUGCUCAGAGCCCUGACCGCCGAUCGGCCCCAGAGUGCAGCGGGAGAAAAGGCAGGAGCCGAGGGGAGUGUGCGGGGUGAGGACCUCGCAGGGCCACGCCCAGAGAGGCCUCCAGACGGGACUCAAGGAGCAGUCAUCGCCCCUCUCCCCGCCCUUCCUGCUGGACUCGGGGUGGGCACAAGGGAAAAGAAACAAGAGCUGCCUACGGAGGCUGAGAUCCCCCGCCUGGUCCCCCAGGACCCCGCUCCAGGAAAGCUGCAGGGUCUGGCGACACCAGCCGCAGAGCAGAACCUGCCCGGUGCCAGCGUGGGGAAGGAAAUGGCUGGUGUCCCACAGAUGGUGGAGGACAGUGAGAAGCCAGAGGGGGCUGGGGAAGCCAAGCCGGGGCUUGGGGGCCAGGCCCACUCACAGCAGGGCGGGGCCCAGAGGGAAUUAGCUUCGGGUCUCUCCUCUCCGGGAGCAGUACCGCACACGCCCGUGGAAAAGGCUGCUGACUUCCAGGUGGUUCCCCAGAGCCACGGAGGAGGGGCCUCAGCUCCAGACGACAGAAUUCCUCCUGGAUUGUACCACCAAGAAGCGGCCACCGGCAACAGUCAGCCUGGAGAGGAUGACGGUGCCUGGGGCUUUGCUCACACAGGGGGUCCAAGUGGCAUGCCCGUGUUCACCUGUACCCUGGGAGCGUCUUCUCCCCGUGGGGAGAUUGUGGCCGAGGCCAUCGGUGCACCCUGGCCCCCCUACGCGCUUGGGGGUGAGCAGAGGCAUGGGGGUGGUGCCGGGAUCUCAGAAACGCAAAAUGCCCCAGAGCCACAGGCUGGAGAAGCAUCAGCCACUCCCCUGGAGCCCAGCGCCGUGGCAGGAGCUGCUGGGGAAGCAGAGGGUGACGUCACUCUGAGCACAGCAGAGACCAGGGCACGUGUGUCUGGUGACCCGCCCGAGACAGGUGCUCCAAGGAUGCUCUCGGGUGCUGCUCCUGGGCCAGCGCUGCCAGGAACCGGCGGGGCCCCGGGCUGCUCUGAUGGGGCCCCGGGCACGGAGGACAGCCCGGACAGCCCGUCUGUGCACCAGCAGGCUGAGGAGUGGCCGGGCCCUGAGCCCCUCAUCGCUGCUGGGGGUGGGAAGCUACAAGUCUCCUCACCUCCAGAGCCUGAGGGACCUCGGGACCCGCAGCUGCAAAACCAGGCCCCGGGAGCGCUCCACGCUGAAAGAAAGAGCCCCAGGCCCGAUCCAUCCACCUUACUUUCAGUUCCCGAGAAGGAGGCUCCAAACGUCCCGGGCAACGUCGUUUCAGACGAGGCCAGAAGUGUGGGAGGAGCAGAAAGGUCACCUGUAGCGGAUGAUGUCAUCCAGCCGGCUGCCCUCGAGGACCUUGAAAACCCACUGUUAGCCACCUCUCCCCACCGGAGUGAAGCCAUCAGCCAGGUCUCCGGGGACCUGACAGCCCAGAGCACCUCCCCAGCUGCUGCCUGUGCGGAUCUCACUCCCCGAGCCUCAGAACAUGUGUCUUUGCCUUCUGCCCCAGCUGGUGAUGGAGUAGAAGCUUCCACUCUCUCCUGCCAGGGUCUGGCCAAGGACUUAAGCAGGAGUUCUGACUCUGAAGAAGCAUUCGAGACCCCUGAGUCGACGACUCCUGUGAAAGCCCCACCAGCCCCACCUCCGCCGCCCCCCGAAGUCACUCCAGAACCUGAGAUCAGCACACAGCCUCCUGUGGAAGAACCAGGAUGCGGUUCUGAGACAGCCUGUGUCCCCGAUGGCCCACGCAGCAGCUCGGUGGAGGGGAGCCCCUUCCGCCCCCCGUCACACUCCUUCUCUGCCGUCUUCGAUGAAGACAAGCCUAUAGCCAGCAGCGGGACUUACAACUUAGACUUCGACACCAUCGAGCUGGUGGAUGAUUUCCAGACCUUGGAGCCCCGCUGCUCGGACUCUAAGAGUCAGGAAUGCAAAGUGAACACGCGGAGGAAGUCCACGGAUUCUGUCCCCGUCUCCAAGUCCACGCUCUCCCGAUCUCUCAGCCUGCAAGCUAGUGACUUUGAUGGUGCUUCUUGCUCAGGCAACGCCGAGGCCGUGGCCCUGGCCCCAGAUGCCUACGGCGCGGGCUCAAGCAGUGCCUCCAGUACCCUUAAGCGAACUAAAAAACCGAGGCCGCCUUCCUUAAAAAAGAAGCAGACCACCAAGAAACCCACGGAAACCCCCCCAGUGAAAGAGACACCACAAGAGCCAGUCGAAGAGAGCCCUGUCCCCAGUGAGGAGAACAGAGCAGUCGAGACCAAGACGGAAGCUUCUGCACCAGCCCUGGCAGAGGAGGCACCCCUGGAGCCUGCUGCUGUGCCCAAGGCCGCCUGCCCUCUGGACCCAGAGGGUGCCGAAGGGGCCGUCCCCCCAGCUUCCGGAAGCGGCAGAGUGCAGAACUCACCCCCCGUUGGAAGGAAGACGUUGCCUCUUGCCACGGCUCCAGAGGCGGUGGAGGUGACCCCGUCGGAUAGUGGGGGGCAGGAGGACUCCCCGGUCAAAGGGCUCUCGGUGAGGCUGGAGUUUGACUAUUCUGAGGACAAGGGCAGUUGGGACACCCAGCAGGAAAACCCCCCUCCUACCAAAAAGCUAGGCAAAAAGCCGGUUGCCAAAAUGCCCCUAAGGAGGCCAAAGAUGAAAAAAACACCCGAGAAACUCGACAACGCUCCUGCCUCACCUACCCGGUCCCCCGAUGAACCCAAUGACAUCCCUAUUGCUAAGGGUACCUACACCUUUGAUAUUGACAAGUGGGAUGACCCCAAUUUUAACCCUUUUUCUUCCACCUCAAAAAUGCAAGAGUCCCCCAAACUGCCCCAACAGUCCUACAACUUUGACGCAGACGCCUGCGACGAAUCCAUUGACCCUUUUAAGGCGUCCUCUAAAACCCCAGCCUCACCUUCUAAAUCCCCAGCCUCCUUUGAGAUCCCAGCCAGUGCCAUCGAAGCCAAUGGAGUGGACGGGGAUGGGCUGAACAAGCCCGCCAAGAAGAAGAAGACGCCCCUCAAGACUGACACAUUUAGGGUGAAAAGGUCGCCAAAACGGUCUCCUCUCUCUGACCCACCUUCUCAGGACUCCACUCCAGCGGCUACCCCGGAAACGCCGGUGAUCUCCGCCGUGGUCCAUGCAACCGACGAGGAGAAGCUGGCAGUCACCAACCAGAAGUGGACGUGUGUGACAGUGGACCUGGAGGCUGACAAACAGGACUACCCACAGCCCUCAGACCUGUCCACCUUCGUAAAUGACACCAAAUUCAACUCACCCACGGAGGAGUUGGAUUACAGAAACUCCUACGAAAUUGAGUACAUGGAGAAAAUUGGUUCCUCCUUACCUCAGGACGAUGAUGCCCCGAAGAAGCAGGCCCUGUACCUUAUGUUCGACACUUCUCAGGAGAGCCCAGUCAAGUCUCCCCCAGUCCGGACGUCAGAGUCCCCGACGCCGUGUUCAGGGUCAAGUUUUGAGGAAACUGAAGCCCUUGUGAAUGCCGGGGCAAAGAUCCAGCAUCCCGUCACACGAGGGCUGGCCCCCAACCAAGAGCCACACUUGCAGGUGCCGGAGAAAUCCUCCCAGAAGGAGCUGGAGGCCAUGACCUUGGGCACCGCUUCAGACGCGAUUGAAAUUAGAGAAGCUGGUCACCCAACAGAUGUCUCCAUCUCUAAAACAGCCUUGUACUCCCGCAUCGGGACGGCCGAGGUGGACAAGCCCGCAGGCCUUUUAUUCCAGCAGCCUGACCUGGACUCCGCACUCCGGAUCGCCAGAGCAGAGAUCAUAACCAAGGAGAGCGAGGUCUCGGAGUGGAAGGCUAAAUACGAAGAAAGCAGGCGGGAGGUGAUGGAAAUGAGGAAAAUAGUGGCUGAGUAUGAGAAGACCAUCGCUCAGAUGAUAGAGGAUGAGCAGAGGGAGAAGUCAGUCUCCCACCAGACUGUCCAGCAGCUGGUCCUGGAGAAGGAGCAAGCCCUGGCCGACCUGAACUCCGUGGAGAAAUCUCUGGCCGAUCUCUUCAGGAGAUACGAGAAGAUGAAGGAGGUCCUUGAAGGCUUCCGCAAGAAUGAAGAAGUGCUGAAGAAAUGUGCCCAGGAGUACCUGUCCCGGGUGAAGAAAGAGGAGCAGAGGUACCAGGCCCUGAAGGUGCAUGCAGAGGAAAAGCUGGACAGGGCCAACGCCGAGAUCGCGCAGGUCCGAGGCAAGGCCCAGCAGGAGCAGGCUGCCUACCAGGCCAGUCUGCGGAAGGAGCAGCUUCGUGUGGACGCUCUGGAGAGGACGCUGGAGCAGAAGAAUAAAGAGAUAGAGGAACUCACCAAGAUUUGUGAUGAACUGAUUGCCAAAAUGGGGAAAAGCUAACUUUGAACCGAAUGUUUGGACUUGACCAUUGCGUGCAAUAUGACCGUCGGCACACUGCCGUCCUUCCAGCGACGCGGACAGGUUCUGUUUUCACUUUUUCGUAUGCACUACUGUAUUUCCUUUCUAAACGACAUUGAUUUGAUUGUAUGCAGUACCAAGGAGACUAUCAGAAUUUCUUGCUAUUGGUUUGCAUUUUCUUAGUAUAAAUUCAUAGCAAGUUGACCUCAGAGUUCCUGUAUCAGGGAGAUUGUCUGAUUCUCUAAUAAAAGACAAACCGCUGACCUUGGCCUUGCCCUCUGUACAUGAGUUCCCAGGGUGAGCGGCUUUUGGAUUUAAUAUGAACUUGUACAGCUUGCACAGGGACUCUUGCCUUAAGGAGUGUAAACUUGAUCUGCGUUUGCUGAUUUGUGUUAAAAAAAAAAUGCAUGUUUCAAAUAAAAUUCUCUAUUGUAAAUAAAUUUUUUUCUUCGGAUCUUGGCAGUGAGCGUGGCUAUGAUUUCUUUUCUGGGAAGGGUUGGGUCUUUUCUCGCCUUUGUUAGAAAUCAUAUCAGAUCUGGCCCUUCCCCCCUCUCUGUCUGGCUCACUUCUUCGUCCAUAGAUUUAAAUAACAUUUCCUUCAUUAUCGUGGCUGUUUGUAGGUUGGAAGCCAAGGAGAAGUAUUGGUUUGCUAUUUUUUAAAUACUUCGGGGAGUGUAUUGAAUUAGCUUAGAUUUGGUUUUUACAAACGCUUUCUGAGUGUUGGCGGGAAAGUCUAUUUUCCUUUACUGGCUCGGGGAAGUUGCACGCUGUCCCUCUUCCUAUGCAUUCUUUCAGUGUGUGACCAUCAACCCUGAAACAUGGCCCAGUUCCCUCUAAAGGACCAGCCCCAGGCGAGCGGUUACCCACAGGAGACAGGUAGUGAGGCCAGUUGGGAGAUGACGGCGGGAUGCACCGGCCGUAGAUUCUUUAACGGCUCCUGACUUUCUCCCAGCUUUAUAGGUUGGGCAGUGAGAGGGUGGGAAGGUAUCUUAGUUCCCUAAAAUUGCCACCAUGUCACAUAUUAGCAGCUUAAAACAGUAGAAAUGUAUUCUCUCACCGUUCUGGAGGCCAGAAGUCCCAAAUCUGAGCAUCAGUGGGGUUUUUUUCCCUCCGGGGCUGUGAGGUGGAGUCUGUCCCUUGCCUCUCGAAGCAGUCCCUGGUGUCCCUUGGGUGGUGGCUGUGUCACUCUAGUCUCAGCGUCUGUCUCCAUGAGCCUUUCUCUUCUGUGUCUCAACUCCCUCUCCUCUCUCUGGUAAGGGCAUCACUCAUUGGAUUUCGGGCCCACCCCAAACCCAGGAUGAUCUCUCAGGAUUCCCGAUUACAUCUACGAAGACCCUGUGUCCAAAUAAGGGCACACUCCCAGCUGUGGUGGGCAUUUUUGUGGGGUCCGAGUGUGCCCGUGGGACAGGUGGCGUGCUGUGUGAGCUUGGAAAGCAGCCGCGAGCCCCUGGUGGCCCUCAGCUCAAGCGCCCCUCGUCCUGCCCAGGCGCAGCGACCGCGGGCUGUUCCCCUCACAUGGGACCACCCGAAGCCUCACAGGACAGGCAUCCCAGGCAGCACAAGGAAAGAAAGACAGCCCGCCUCUACGGAAGCGAGUCCCAGCCUCUGGCCCCACCGUCAACCCCCCUAACAGGGCAGGGGUCUGCCUCCUCCCACCGCCCAGCCACCUCUGCCCGGUCCCAUCUCCCAGUCUCCCCUCCUCACGGCUCAGCCGGGCCCCCCUCCCGGCCCCCCCCCAGUCUCACUUGUCCAGGCCAAACCCCUCCCCCACCCUCACCCCAGAUUCUGAUCUCAGCUGUGUUCUCAAAACAGCCCAGUCUCUUGCUCUUUGAAAGUUUCUAUUUUUCUUAUUACCUAAGCAAAACAUUUCCAUUGCUAAAAAGUCCAGAAAUGCAGGUAA